AUCUCAUUUAUUGGAAUCAUUAGUGUGAUUUUGUCUUUGGAGCUAGUUGCAGACAUUCUGUGUCAGCACACAAUACAUUCCCAGCUUUCAACAAAGCGCAUACGUCGCUCUUCACCAGCUGAGUGCAAUGAUGCUUGUUCUGGUUUUUAUCUGGGUUGUUUUGAUGAUAGAGGUCAGACCUGUGAUGAAGGUGGUCACAACUCACCUAUUCCUGGCCCUAGAGAUCUCCCUCUUUUUGCCAGUCUGAGAGACACUAGCCUGACCAUUGAGUCAUGUUUACAGAUGUGUAGAGAGCUUGAUUACAAAUAUGCCAGUGUACAGGCUGGCCGUUAUUGCCACUGUGGAGAUAAGUUUGGUAGAUAUGGUCGUUCGAAAUCAACAGUGUGUGAUAGACCAUGCACUGGAAAUGGCACACAAAUAUGUGGUGGGUCAUGGGCCAACUCCAUUUUUACUGUCUGAUACAACUCAAUUG